CAGUUCGAACAACAACACAGUUCAGCUGAGCUCUGCUGAUCUGUUGCUCGCUCAGCCCCGAUAACCAUCUGUACUCGCUGACUCUUUAACUGCAGCAUCAAGCCAUAAGGUCUCACCAUACCAUGUGCAGCUUUACUUUUGAGUCAUGAAUCCUUGGCAUAAUGUGUUGCUGACAUUAAAAAUACAAGCUCAGUCAGGCCUUGGUAGAAAUGAAGACCUCAGUUGAAGCAGGAAAAUCAAAAUCAUGCUGCCUUGGCGUGCAGAAAAACAUGGCCAUUCUCUUUACUCUUGUUGUACUUUCUGGAACUGCUGUGGGAAUUUACAUCAUAGUGGAAUAUUUCAUGACACCGCUUGUUUCCCACGAUACUGUGCCUCUGCAAGAUCCUGAUGCUACAACUCAAUGCAAUGACACAGACAAUGAAGCCACUGCCACAGCACCUAGAAAAGUGUCUUUCAGAAUAAACACAAAAAACUGCUUGUUGGAAGUGCUGGUGAAAGGCAAACAGGAAUGGCUGCUGAUGUGUCACGAGAGGUGGAAUUCUACUUGGGGCACUCUUAUAUGCAGACAUUUGGGAUAUAUCAGGCUGCUGCACCACAGAGCUGUACAUUUAACAGAUGUCAAAUUAAAUCACAGCCAAGAGUUUGUCCAAGUUCCUCUCACCGGUGACACUGGAACUGAACAUGUCUGGAAAAGCAGGAGAGGGUGCCUUUCUGGUCAUAUUGUUGCCUUAAAAUGUUCGGAAUGUGGAUCUCGUUCCAAGUCUCCCAGAAUCAUUGGAGGUAGUGAUGUUGGACUAGGGCGCUGGCCAUGGCAAGUCAGUUUGUACCGUGACAACAAGCAUGUUUGUGGUGGCUCUGUUGUGGCAACUCAGUGGAUCAUCACUGCAGCACACUGUGUGCACAAUUACAGAUCUUUUCAGCCGUCCAGUUGGACCAUUCUUUCAGGCAUUAUCAAUCACGCCUCUACAAACCCGCUGGCUUCUACAUCUGCUGUAAAGAAGAUCAUUUAUCACCAGAAGUACGAUGGCAGAAGUCAUGAUUAUGAUGUUGCGCUUGUGAAGCUGGUGAAGCCCUUAAAUUAUUCCGACAACAUGCGUCCUGUAUGUUUACCACAGUAUGAUCAAGAAUUUCCAGUGGGUACAGAAUGCUGGGUAACAGGCUGGGGGCACACUCACCCGGACAGUAUACACAUGUCUGAGAGUCUAAAAGAGGCUUUGGUACCACUUAUUAGCACAAGGAAAUGCAACAGCUCUUGUGUCUAUGGUGGUGAUAUCACUCCAAGAAUGAUAUGUGCAGGAUACCUGGAAGGCAAGGUGGAUGCAUGUCAGGGAGACAGUGGUGGGCCUCUGGUAUGUCAGACAGACUACACUUGGCGCUUAGCUGGAGUUGUGAGUUGGGGAAUGGGUUGUGCAGAGCCAAAUCGCCCUGGAGUGUACACAAAAAUAGCUUCCUUCUUAGAUUGGAUCUAUCAGAUGAUUGAGGUAAGAGAAGGAUUGUUUAAAUAUUUGACCAAUAAAACCACAGCCUGUCUUCUAAAUAAUUACAAUUCUUUCUUUUACAGGACCAAUAGAUCGAAUGGAACAACAUUAUCUCACUGGGUUCUGUCUCAUUCUUUGGCUACAACCACCUCAAGGCCUAAUACAGGUAUGGGAUCAGUUAUCCGGAAACCUGUUAUCCAGAAGCUCAAAAUUAUGACCAUAGACUCCAUUUUAUCUUAAUAAUCCAAAUUUUUAAAAAUGAUUUCCUUU